AUAACAUCAUGUUUUGUAGUGAACCCACACGAACAAGCGCGACCACAGUCUGCGCGGGAGCAUCAGCAAACAAGUGGCCGCCGAGGGAGGCGCGAAUUCUCUUGGCAGAGAUAUUUGUGAUCGAAGAUGCGCCAAUGGAGUAUGACCGUUGGAACCGCAGAAGCCCAAAAUAAUGCAAUUUUGACAACAUAGGAAAUGUUGAAUGGAGUGAGCGUUUCGGUUCCGACUCGCGCCAUCGGCCGCUUUGAUAGCCAGUGAACCGUCGCAGAGCCCGGAUCACCUUCCGGCACCGGUCCUUAUAGCAGCAGCGGCCACUGUGCCAGUACAGGACUUGCUCGAAAAAAGAAAACUAAAAGACAAACAUGGACAAACCAUCGCGGCCAGUGCGAAAUCGUAAGCGUAGUAGAAAAGCUUGGUCACCGGGCGACACGCACCGGCCGGUCAAGCGACUUUUUACACCGGAAAUCAAGCGUUUGCUGAAAGAUUGGUUGGUUCGACGAAGGGAAAAUCCGUACCCGAACCGGGAAGAGAAGAAACUGCUGGCGGUUGAGACUGGCCUGACGUACACGCAAAUUUGCAAUUGGUUCGCCAACUGGCGCCGGAAGCUGAAAAACUCUGGCAAUGAUCCGGUACGAAAAACGUGGGGCAAUCUAAUCCGCCACUACAACACAAACGCGCGCGGUAACGUGGAGCAGUUUAGCAUUUGCUCAAGCGACAGCAUUUGGAGCGUGGCCGAGGGUGAAGAUUCGCAGGAUUCGCUUCGCCACAGCCCACGUCCACCGGAACACGUCCUUGGUACCAUGGCGUACGUGAAGUUUUCGACCAGCCACAGCAGAAGCAAAUACGAUGGAUUCGGUCACGCUCAUCCUACGGUUAACAACAACAUUAGUUCGGGUCGCAAUAACAAUAGCAGUAAUAGCAACGGUCGAAAGUAUGCCGACUACCUGAGACAUCCGGGGAUGAACGGCGCAGGUGAACGUGUGGACGAGCACCCACCCUACGAUGGUAUGAUUCGCGACAGUUAUCCUGCUGCUACGACGUAUUGCUUCGAUCAUUGCUACACCCCGCGCAACUACGAAACGGUAUUUGGCAUUCCGGAGGACACAAGAUGUUACAAAGUGAAACAGAUUGCUGAUAAAUACGGACAAGAAAGUAGCGUCAGACUGGAACCACUGAUUUUAGCGACGGGAGCGACGGCAUUUGGGGCAUACGAUCGCGUCCACGACGCAGGAGGAAGUGCCACUCUCUUUCUUGCGCCACCCGCUAGUCUGUCACCACCAACGACACCUCCCUCGGUGACCCCAUCUACGCUUCCUAAAUCAAACGGACAAAUCCGGUCGAGUAAAUACAAGAGCAGCAUAAUGGAAAAGUAUCUACGUGAUCUCGGCGAGCUUGAACCAGCACACAAACCUAAUGCUACCGACGGCGGUCUUUCAGUCAUCAUGGCGACAAUUCCGUUUCAACGAGGCUUCCAUCAUCAUCAUCAUCAUCAUCAUCACCACCUUCUGCACCGCCAUCAUCACCAGCCGGCUGCGGAUGAACAUUUUCCACAGAGAACAACAUCACUGAGCACCGAAGGGCGAUUAGGCUGUGAUACGAACGAAAUACGUGGGCCGCCACCGUCGCUAUCGAAAUGGCUCGAAAGUACCGCCAAGUUUACGCCUUCCAAGCACAACUACAUUGGGGAUUGGGACAAGUCUGGCAAACAAUCAGCUACCAAAACGCACUGUGACUUGGCUUCGUGUCAGACACCGGUGGCCACAUCCGUGACGGAAAGCAUCGUACUGUUGAGCCACCAGAAGGACGAAAUCGAUGCGGCGGAAGCACUAACGCACUUGGCAAAUAAUUGUCGAACGAAAUUCUGCGCCUAGGCUUAAGACCGGUGGUCAAAGGAAGAGUUCGAUCACCAGUUUUCCUAGUCCCAUAGUACGAAAACAAUGGCGUCGAAACACGAAGAAGGAUGACUGACCAACAAAUAAAGAAUUCAAGUUAU